GAACAGAUUUAGCGAGCUGCCGGCGGAGGUGACGGAGUACACGUCCCUCGAGCAGCUCAACCUCUACCAGAAUGUGAUCAAGCAUCUGCCCGAGUCUGUGAUAAACCUCCAGUCGCUCACGCACCUCAACCUCAGUCGGAACCAGCUGUCUGUGGUUCCGAGCUGCGUGUGCCGUCUGACGUCGCUGAGGGUCCUGGACCUGUCGGGGAACCGCCUGGUGAGCCUCCCCGAGGAAGUGGGGAACCUCUACAACCUGAUGGACCUCGAUGCCUCCUACAACCAGCUGGCGCACCUCCCGCCGGCCCUCGGGGAGCUGGAUAUGCUCCGCAGGCUCAACCUCCGCAGGAACCUACUACAGACCAUCCCUUCAGAGCUGUGUUUCCUCCGGCUGGUGUUGCUCGACCUGAGUGGGAACCGCAUCGCCACGCUGCCCACCGAACUCCGCUUCAUGUCCUCGCUGGUCACGCUGAGCCUCGACAACAACCCGCUGCAGCACCCGCCCGCCAAUCUUUGUACGAGAGGGCGAGUCCACAUCUUCAAGUGGCUGGAGAUGACAGCGGCAAAGGAGGACAAGAAGAGAGGCGUGUUAUCCGAGUCCGAAUUCCGAAAACUAAGGAAGCCUUCGUCUGCAACAGAUUUCAGAUUUGUCAAUGGGUUCUUUGACCCACGCCACAAGCGCAGUACGAUGGACAGUGGGUACAGCACAAGUGAGAAUGGUGACCAGAGAUGGUCACAGGAGAGUCAAGAGAGCCUAGAGUAUGAAGAUUCACGAAAGCUAGCGGUAAUGGCUGCCACCUGUACAAAAGAGCAAAGACAGGAGAGGGGCAGGAGUGGCCCUCCAUCCCGAUCAGUCAAUGGAUUACCUAAUGGGGGCAUGAACACUGGGGUUAAUGGGUCACAGGGAAUGAAUGGCUCAGGUUAUGGGGCACAACACAGCACAGACCAUCCUACAAGUGGCUUGUCAACACCAAGUACACUAAGUCCUGGUGAUGGAUUCAAUUUAGAAGAUGAAUUCAACAAGGCAUUGAAAAUGAAACAGGACUAUGAAAAUGUUUAUGGCAGUGAUCAUUCCCCUGUGAAAGAGAGCAACUCUGGUGCUAUUUGGAAUGUUGGGAGUGGCAGCCACAGCAGCAGCAGCAACAGCAGCAACAGCAACCACAGCAGCAACACCAACGGGGGCAUCUCCCUUCGUCACCCACCAGAGCCCCCCCAUCCCCUUAACCCUGAUCCUGGAGGGGGUUAUAUCCCCUCCCUUCACCCCCCCUUCCACACACCCCACGCCCACAUCCCCACCUACAGAGAAUAUGUGGAAGCUAAAUUGCAAAAGCGAGCGAUGGAAAACAACAACAUCUACAGACGGCAGGGAUCAGAAGGGAAUUCCCCCACGGCGGAAAAUGGGACUCACCGAUCCGUUGAAAAUAUUUCCCACCGGAGUGAGAUGGCGUCCUAUCCUAGACCGAAUCCUAUGGGGGCGUCCAAACCUCCUUGUAAUGGGUCUCGUGUUAGCCCGAGCAAGGGUUCAGCCUCCAACUCCCCUGAUGUCAGCUUUGACUCUGGGGAUGGGCCUUCCUAUCCCCAAGUCUCCUCCAGCUCCUCACACCUACAACACAAUGUGCCACAUGCCAGCUUCUCAUCUAGUCCGUACACCAGCCAAAAUGUUAGUUACCCCAUAAGUGCUCCUCAAGCCUCUAGUACACCAUUCACGAGCAGUAAUAAUAUGGCCAACCCAUAUCCCAGUGCAACCCACCAGAGCACUUCCCAGCCCGGCACCCCGCAUGCGAGUACGUACGCAAACAGGGGCAGUAAUGGCUCGUUGCCCAAGACGCCAAGCACAGUCAAGGCUCGAAAGAGGAGUGGAGGCGGCAGGCCCUUUGAUCCCGAUGCGUCUCCUGCUCAUCUGAAUUUCACCUACAGACGGGAGAUGGAGAAACAACAGCACGAGAAGCAGUUGAUAGAAAAUUUGAGAAAUAUAAUUGAAAGCAGAUUAAAGGUGUCUUUGCCAGCCGACCUCUCUGCUGCCUUGAUGGAUGGCGUUGUGCUCUGCCACCUAGCCAAUCAUGUCCGCCCGAGAUCCGUUUCUUCUAUCCACGUUCCGUCUCCGGCGGUGCCAAAAUUGACAAUAGCUAAAUGUAGGUUGAAUGUUGAAAACUUCCUUGAAGCUUGCCGGAAAAUCGGAGUAGAAGAUGACUACACCUGCAGUGCACAUGACAUCUUGGAAGAGAGAGGGACAGUGCGUGUGGCCAUAACUGUAGAGAGAUUGCUUCAGUUCUACCAGGGACGCCAUGCACCCAUGUCACCUAGAAAUCAGACCCCAGUAUGACAGCCCCUCUCCUGAGCUCCUCUGCAACCCCCAGUAUUAUCAUCUCCUGUCAGACUUGCAGAUUGCAGUUCUUUCUGUGUAUAAAGUGAAAAGGACAGGAUGUAGAUAGAUUCUUCUUUCUCAUUUCCCCUCCAUUAUGGGGCCAACUCUUUUUCAGAGGAUAAUAUUCCUGCCACAUAAAGCAUUCUUUUGUUCUUCUGUAUGUCUGUUAUGAAAGAGACUUGAACAGAUGGCUGCAUUCAAGGCUUGUGCAGUUUGCUGUUUUGACGAGAAGGAAAAAAUGUGCUUCCCUUGUACUGUCAUUAUUCAAGCCAAAGGCAAUUUGUUAUUAUCAGCGAAUACUCUGUGCUGUUGUAAAUUAUUAUUAUUAUUAUUUUUUUUUAGGAAGAAACUGUAAAGUUUGUUCUUUUUUUUAAGAAUUUAUUUUUUUCAUAAUCAUCCAUGACCUUUUUUGCUCACUUCAAGGUCAUCAAAUCAUUCCUAAGUAAAUUUUAUACUAUAAAGCUAUUGUGUGCUUUUAAACUGUUCCUUUAGUCAUGUUAUACAUAUAUUUUUAUCUUUACACAGCUCUCUCAGCAUCAUACUCAUAAGCUGUCUGUUACUGUCGAAAGUACUGAAUGAAAUUUGCUCACUAUUUAUGCCAUUUUAUGUAGAGAGAGAGAAAGAGAGAGAGAGACAGAAAAAAAGUGUUCAGAAAGUGUCCAUUGUGUGGGUUGUGCUAAAAUGAUGACCUAGUCCAUGGUUCUUCAAUUUUCAUUUCUGUAUUUGGAGUUUCCAAUUUUUAGCUUGAUUUUUAAAUGUUUACGAAAAAAUAUUGCAUGUUGUAGUACCCCAUUUUUAUUUUGGAAUUGUUUAGAUUUUACUCGGACAUUUACUGUCAAUGACAAUAAUAUAUUGUUUUGAUUAUCCAUCUCUGAAGUUGAAAUGGGCAUUAAUACAUUGUUAUAAAAAUAUUAAAGAAUUUUCAGAAGAAAGACUGAUCUUGCCAUCAUUAUAUAAUUGUUGAAAUGCUUCAUAUUAUAUCACAAGAACUAAUUAAUUGGUUUUCUUUUCAUUUUACUGCCCAUAUAACAGAAGAUGAAUGUGUGCAAAGGUUGGAGUAAUAUAUAAAAAUUUAAAAAAAUAAAAAAAAUAAAGACAAAUAUUUAUUCAUGUUUAUAAUAUCCAUUAUAUGCUGGAUAAAAAGUGCAAUAUAUUUUUACAAAAAGUAGGGGGGGAAAGGACACUGGUACUUAAAAACAAACAAACAAAUAUUUCCAUUACACCUUUUUCAAUGUUUCUGAUAUUUUUCUCCUUUUUUUGUACUAUGCCUUUUUAGCUUUGCGUGUUCAGCAUUUAAUUAUCAUUUUCAUGUUGGACAAUAGGAAUGUAUACAUCAUAUAUAUAUAUUUAUGGGGGAAAAUUCAAACAAGUUUUCAUCUUGAUUCAUUAUAUUAAAGGUUUCAUUCAGCUCAACUUCCAUUUACUGUAAAAUGUGUAGACGAAGCUGUGUUUGUAGAUGAAUGUAUAUAGGAAAUAAAUAUUCACCAAAGAAACCAUA